AUGACCAACUUUGAUUUAUCUUUGCUUGAACUGCCUUGCUCGCCUUCACCUGAGGCUGAGGCACCUAUCAAUGCUGCGCCGGUGGCUGAGGAGCCGGCUCAGAAAAUUCCUGAGCCUGCGCCUGUUGUUGAGUCUGCUGGCAACCACAUCCUCUUGGGCAUGUUGUCGGGCUCGCAUCCAGAGCUCCUCCAAGAGUGUCUGGAGGAUAUUGAGUCAUGGCUCCAUGAGUGGGCGCACUUCGAGGCUAAUGUGUGCGUCUGCACGCAUGAUGCGCUGGAAGCUGAGGUGCUCCUUCUGAUCGGUGAUGAGGAGAAGGAGAUACUGCAGGACCUUAACAAGUGGGUUGGAGUGGCGAGGAAAAUGGUGAGCGGGUGGAAGGAGGUGGCGGAGAAGAUCAUGGCGGAGGCGCGUGCGGCUCACACAGCGAAGGAGAAGGGGAAGGGAAAGGAGAGGGAGGAGAACCCAGACAUGGGCAAACCUAAGGCUGGCGGGCUGUGGGGUCAAGUGCUUGCAGGGCAAGAACGCGCGCUGCAGGCCUUGCGAACACUCACACUGACUACCAAGUGCAAAGUGUCCGAGACUGCGGCAGUGCCACACAAGGUGCCUCACAUGGCUGAAGAGCACAUUCUGACGGUCGAGCCGACCAUGGCCGAUGAUGCCGACAACUCUGGCAAGUCUGAGGUGGAGGUCCAGGAAGCGCUGAAGAAGGUGCACCCUGUGCCCAGGCUGGUAAAGCCAUUGCCUGUGCGCACCGCCGCAGGGCCUUCGAGGAUUCGUGCUGAUGAUUUGGACAAUGAGCGCCUUCAUGCUGACAAUGAAUGUCUGUGGGAGGAGGUCGAGAAGUUGCGUGGUUUGCAGGACAACUACGACCGGUUCAUGCGCAACCUGAACUAUCAGGCGCACAAACAGCAGCAAGAGCUCAUCACAAUGAGAAACCGCCUCUACUCUUUCUCAGAUGAAUGGAGGGUGAUGGGACAGGAGAUGGAUGACUUCGUUGUGGGGCAGGAGCAGGCAUGGAAGUAG